AAAAUCUUUCUUUAAUGGAUUUAUUCCAUGCUUUUGCUGAACAAAUUGUUUUAACCAUAUUCGUAAAACAGAUCACACCCCAUUUUGCAUGAAGCUUCAUUGUGCGAUAAAUUUAAUACAAUUUUCCAGUUAAAUUUUGUAGCCCCAAAACAAUUCCCCCACGUUCACUGUUUUUAUAUUUGUUUUUUUUUGUUUUUGCAUCUCCUGUUUUGUUUGGUUUUGAUGGUCAUAAUGCGCAACUUCCUGCGAGAAAACCGGAUGAUGGUGAGCCAGGCGACUCCCAACUACCAGAUGCCCACGGUCGCCUCAACGGCCAGAUGCUACGGACCAGUUAAACUUGUAUUAACCGAAACCCAGCGACGUUUGAAGGGUGGAACAUGUAAUCAGCCCAAAAGAAACAUCCCCGUUCGACGGAAGCUCUCCGAGAAACAAAGCCAAACGGAGGACAUUAGCGACGAGCGGUUUCUCAGUGCCGCUUUGCUCAAGUGCUCGGAGAAGAGCCAAUCCCAGUUGCAAUCCCGCAGCGAGGGCGACGAUCCAGUGUUCCCUGGCGAAGGACUACGUCAUCUGCGACGCACUGCGUCCAAUUUCGAGCUGGGCAGAAUGCCGGAACAACGCGAUGGCUACCAACUGGGGCACCGGCCGUUAGCCAGCGAUUUCGGCAUUUUGCCCAGCGGAUUGGACCACAGUUGCUCCUCUAUCGAAAAACAAGAUGACGAGACAUCCCUCUCCUCCAGGACGAGUACUCCCAGAGUCCGGCAAAUGGAUAUUCCGGAGAUGGUGGAUGUGGAUCCGGAGGAUGUGCUGAGUGUCCACUCGCAAGCGUCCUGCGAGAAGCUGUCUGUGGUAGAGGUUCAACCUCAAGAAGUGGAGGUCCAAGAGCGAGUGGAACAUCAGAAGGAGCUGGAGAAGCAGCCGGACAUCCAGCCAAUCCUGCUUUCCAGCGAACAGCGCAGGGAACUCUUGGAUGCUGCCAAUAAACAGAAAAACCAAUUAAUUGCCGAGUACAAUCGAUUGCCACUUUCAAUGGGCACUUUGCGCGUGCGCAAUCUCAAGAGGAAAUUGGAGCAGCAAUUGGAUGUGGUGGACCACGAUCUCAGCAUGCUUCUUCUGGAGAAAGUGUACUUGAAACAGGAGAACAAUUGUGCAACACUUGCUUAUCAGAAAGUGUAA